UCUCCUGGCAGAGUGAAUAGCUCCCCACAUCAUUGUCUCCUGGAAUCAGUACACGGAUCUUGGAAAUUUCCUUCCCUGAUGAGCCAGAGACUGGAAUCUGGCAGGAGUAAUUUUAAACAAGUCACUUACAGGAAAGUGAAAGUGAAACAGAAGUCUGAUAUAAAAGUUGGUUCACAGACAGGACAAAGGAUUCCUCCUGAGUUCCUUAAGAUGCCACCGCUUCCUAAAGAACCUCAGCCUGGAGACCUGAUUGAAUUCACCUACAAUAACUCCCUGCACUGGGCUCUCUAUGAAGGGAAUGGCUAUGUGGUCCAUCUGGCCCUUAAAUGUGACAUCAGCUGGGGUGAGUUUUUCAGCAAUAUGGUGAAGUGGUGCAACAAGGGAGUGGUGAAGCGGGAGCUCCUGAAGGACGUGGUGAAGAAAAAUCCCUAUAGAGUCAACAACUUCUUGGACUCUCAGUACCCCCAAUGGUCUCUAAACAAGAUCCUGAGUACUGCCAAGAGGAAGGUUGGGGAGGAGAUGGAGUACAGUGAUCUGAGGAAGAUAAGCAGAUGCUUUGUCAUCUAUCUGAGAUACGGGCUUAUUUGCAAGGAGCAGUUUUGUGAACUUCCCAAGAGUGGAGACCUGAUUGAGAUUUUCUACAAAGGCCACCAGCACUGGGCCAUCUUUGAGGGAAAUGAUUACGUGGUCCAUCUGGCUCCUCCAAAACCCACUGGCUUGCUCAGCAUGUUCUGGAGUCAGAAAAGCACAGCAGUGGUGCAGCGGGCGCUCCUGAAAGAUGUGGUCAAUAACCAUAGUCAUCGGGUCAACAACCACUCGGAUGACACGUUCCCACCACUGCCUGUGAACAAGAUCCUCAGUGCUAUGAAAAAGAAGAUAGGGCAGGAGAUGAGGAUAGAGUUCAGUGCUUGGAAAACGAAAUGUGAGGUCUUUGCCACCUAUCUGAGAUACGGACUGAUCACCAAAGAGCCGUUUUGUGAUACCCCCAAGUCUGGAGACAUGAUUGAGUUUUUCCGCACCGGCUAUCAGCACUGGGCCCUUUAUGAGGAAGACGGUUACGUGAUCCAUCUGGCUCCUCCAGAUGAUUUCUUGGGGAAGCAACACAUAAUCUCCUCGGUUGCACUUGGUUUUGCGGUCGUGAAAAGGCAGCCCCUAAAGGAAGUGGUGCAGGGCUGCCCCUAUAGGGUCAACAACUACUUGGAUGGCUGUCAUUCACCACGACUUCUGAAAGAUAUCCUCCGUGAUGCAAAGAAUUCUAUUGGGAAAAAGAUGGAUUACAGUCUUCUGCACUGGAACUGUGAGCACUUUGCCACCUAUCUGAGAUAUAAGAUUGCCUACAGUGUCCAGGCGGACAAUUUCCUGCGGGUGUUACAAAAUAAGAAAAUGAUUGACAUAUCAGGGAUUGAGGGGCCUGUCUGUGAAGAAGUGGUCAAGAAAUCAGCGAAAGCUUGCAGGAUCCAGGGAGUCUGUGCUGGAUGUGGCUGAGAUAUGCCCCCAGAGGAGCCUCCCCUGCUUCCUCAGCCCAUGGCUCAACACAGGCUCUGGCCUGUGAAAAAUCUGGGAACUGUAGUUAUUAUGCUUUGGCAGUGUAUUCCUUCUCACCAAAUAAAAGAAAGUAAUACU